UUAACCAUGCUGACCCACCUUGCGAUAUAUAUAUAAAUAUAUAGAGAAUUAUGCCUUAUUUCGACGCGGGGUGCGAGGAUGCCUGUAGCUGUGAUUGUGUCAAUGCUGCGGCACACUCCGGAGCUCCUCAGCCCGAGACAGACUCAACUCACCUCAGCUGAAGGGAGAACAGCAAGCUGGCAAGUGCUUUAUCACCCAACAUAAGCCAUAGGAGACCGUGCAUGUAUGUGGGAAAAGGCCGAGAGGCUGACACUCUCUGGGGAGGGUUUCUGCUGCUCUGAGGUUUUCUGGGGCUUCCCAAGAACUGCCACAACAUCCCCAAAUUCAUCUGUGGACUGCUGUGAGCUUACAAGCUUCCUGAGGAUUUUUGGAGGGCAGCCCUGAUGCAUCUUGCGAGUGUGAAACCUCCAAAGAGCCCUUUGCCAGAUUUGCAUCACCAGACAGGAGACGGAGCAGACGGUGGCUCUGUGUGUGUCAUGUUAGAGGCUGGACUCUCGCCUGCUCCCUCCGACUCCCGGCCAGCGUCUCUGACCUGCCCUGUCUGAGCUCUUUGUAUGAGCAUCGCCGCGCUGCCACAACAGCACAACAGGAGACAGUGGCCGAGCGGCGCCGACAGUUUGCAUCGCAGACGUUACUGUUUGUGUGACUUUGCACCCCUUCUUUCCCCCCAAAGCAAGAGACGCCGCCGGUCAGGAUGCAGGUGUCCUUCGCAUGCACUGAGCACAACCUCAAGAGUCGCAGUGAGGACCGGCUCUGUGGCCUUCGCACUGCUCCACCUCCCGGAGGAAGCAGCGGAGGAGUAGGGGGAGGCGGUGGAGGAGGAGGAGGAGGAGGAGGCGGAGGAGGGGGUGGCGGUAGUGGAGGUGGAGGAGGCGGAGGUGGUGGCGGAGGUGGCGGAGGAGGAGGACAGGGCAGCAAUGGCAACUACAUCUCCCAGGGCUCCGUCAAGAUCAGGGAGGGGUCCGGGACCCGGCAGACGCCGCAGGGCCAUGCCCACAUGAAGGAGGCCAUCGGGCGCCACACCAGCAUGAAGUACAGGAACCUGGGAAAGUCAGGCCUGCGUGUUUCCUGCCUCGGGUUAGGCACCUGGGUGACGUUUGGAUCUCAGAUCUCUGAUGAGAUGGCUGAGAACCUGAUGACCAUAGCUUAUGAGAACGGAGUGAACUUAUUUGACACGGCGGAGGUGUACGCCUCUGGAAGAGCCGAAAUCACUUUAGGGAACAUUAUAAAGAAGAAAGGCUGGAGACGCUCGAGCUUCGUCAUCACAACAAAAAUCUACUGGGGAGGCCAAGCAGAGACCGAGAGAGGACUCUCCAGAAAGCACAUUAUUGAAGGUUUAAGAGGCUCCCUAUCACGACUCCAGUUGGAUUACGUGGACAUCGUUUUUGCCAACAGAAACGAUGUGAACAGUCCGAUGGAAGAGAUCGUCCGGGCCAUGACGUUCGUAAUAAACCAGGGUAUGGCCAUGUACUGGGGGACGUCUCGCUGGAGCGCCAUGGAGAUCAUGGAGGCGUACUCGGUGGCACGCCAGUUCAACCUGAUACCGCCGGUGUGCGAGCAGGCCGAGUAUCACUAUUUCCAGAGGGAUAAAGUGGAGGUGCAGCUCCCCGAACUCUACCAUAAGAUUGGUGUGGGAGCCAUGACUUGGUCUCCGCUUGCUUGCGGAUUAAUCACGGGGAAGUACAGCGACGGCGUGCCGGAGUGCUCCAGAGCGGCGAUGAAGGGAUACCAGUGGCUGAAGGAGCGAGUCAACAGUGAGGAGGGCCGCAGGCAGCUCGCUAAAAUCAAGGAGCUCCAUCUACUGGCGGACAGGCUGGGCUGCACCGCCGCACAGUUAGCCAUCGCCUGGUGUCUGCGCAGCGAGGGAGUCAGCUCAGUACUCCUGGGUGUUUCUAAUACAGACCAGCUACUCGAGAACCUGGGUGCCCUCCGGAUUUUAUCUCAAAUGACUCCCCAGACCAUCACGGAGAUUGACGCCCUGCUGGGAAAUAAGCCACACUCAAAGAAAGAGUCGCGCGCUUGAAGAUGCAAAUCUGAGUGACAGAUGAUGUUCUAAGAAGAUGAAGAAGAUUAAGACGUUGGGAAAACAUCGCUUUUUGCUCUGCUGUAUACUCAACAACUUGCAUGUCCUCAGCAACAUUAUGCUUCCAGUAUGUGCGCAUAACCAUUUUUGCGCAGUACAUUGUAUCAUGUAUGG